GUGGGGGAGGCUGGGGGGAGCUGCGGCUGGGUCCUGGGAGUGGCACAGGUGCAGCUGGUCUGGGGUUGGAGGCCACAGCAGGCCCACCUUCCUGGUGCUUGUGAGAUGCAAAUGAUGAGAACAAUAGGGCCCUGUCCCCAGGCCAUUUGUGGCAGAACCUGGACUCCGAGGAGGCACCGCUCUCUCACCUUGGCCAUGGAAAAGCUCAGCAGAAGCAAGCCCAGGUUGGGGCCACCCCUUCCACCCCCGAGGUGUGCAGACUCCCCACCUUGGAGAAGAGACGCCCCCCGCCCAGCUCCUCUGCCUGCCCCAGGGACCUGGAGACGCCAGCAUCCCUUCCCGGAAGCCCAGGAGGAGGAGGACGAGGAGGAGCAUAAAUACGAGCUGCCCCCCUGUGAGGCUCUGCCCCUGCGCCUAGCUCCCGCACACCUUCCUGGCACUGAGGAGGAAUCUUUGUACUUGGAUCACUCUGGCCCCCUGGGUCCAUCCACGUCAUCAGCACCACCACCACCGCAGCCCCAGCCUGAGAUGGUGAACAGCCUCCCCACCCACCCCACCCCAGGCUCCCACUUCCCAUUGAAGGCAGCGCCGUGCCUGCAGGAGGUGGGGAAGCAGGGCCGGCCCUUUGGGAGGCGAGAGCUGGACGCACGGACCCACGCGGUUCCCGGCCCUCCACAGAAGCCCGAUGAGGGCAUCUACCUGGAGUGUGAGCCCAGUCCAGUCCUGGCUUUGACUCAGACUCUGAACUCCCAAGCCCUGACGCCCCCAGUCCCUCUACCAAGGACAUCAGUGGGGCCCAGGCCCACCAUAGCCCCCCAGGAAGCUCAGAAUGGAGCGUUGGAUGCCACCUCUAAAGGGUCUUCACCAAAGCAGGAAGCUCCCAGCCUGUACCUUAAGGUCAUUCCUCAUUCGGAGGCCACACACGGCCUAGCCGUAAGGAGAGCCUCUUUUUCCUCUGGAGCUGUCACCCAGAACACCUCAGCUGCUGAGACAGGCAGUCUGCUGGGCCAGCCUUGGUACUCAGAGAACUGUGACCGCCAUGCAGUUGAGAGCGCCCUGCUCCGACUCCAAAAGGACGGGGCCUACACCGUGCGCCCCAGCUCAGGCCCUCAUGGCUCCCAGCCCUUCACCCUGGCUGUGCUUCUCCACGGCCGGGUCUUCAACAUUCCCAUCCGGCGGCUGGAUGGUGGGCGCCACUAUGCCCUGGGCCGGGAAGGCAGGAACCGAGAGGAGCUCUUCUCCUCCGUGGCCGCCGUGGUCCAGCACUACACAGAGCAGCCCCUGCCGCUCGUGGACAGACACAGCGGCAGCCGGCAGCUCACCUGCCUGCUCUUCCCCACUAAGCCGUGAUGCCACAGUGGAUGUGCACACCCACCUCUGGCCCGAGUUUGCUCCUUGGGCUGUCUCCCUCUCUCCUCUCCCAGGUCUCCACCCCUGCAGCCCAACCCCCAUCCUGUGCCCCAGUCCCUGCAGGGCCCCCUGAGAGGCACUGGGAAAGGUUGCCCAGAGACAGAAAGGGUCCCCAAGACCACACACCCCAUGCUCACGCAGACCCUGGCACUGCCACCUCUUGCUGCAUCUCCAAGACUGGGAGGGAGGGGACAGGCAGGACCCCCAGUCCUGGCCCCCAGACAUGGCCUCCCCAGCUACUCAGAAUGAUGGCUCCUGUGGGAAGCUGAGCCUCAGGGGGCUAGCACAGGCACUGCUUGGACGCAGAGAGAAUCUUCUCACAUUCCGCGGGGGGCUUAACACAGGGCUGGCAUCCGGGAGGGACUCGGUCACCCUGCACAUCGCUUGCUUUCAAUAAAUAUUUGUUGAGUGCAUCCUUGAAUUCUGCUGAGCAAAGGAGAGAUGGCCUCUAUGAGGUGCCAAGGUUCUCGAAUGUCCCAGGGCACAGCCUGGGCCUGGGAGUGAUAGAGGUCAGGUCAGGCCAGGCCAGAAGGGCGGCCCCAUUUUGGCCCCUGGGCUGGGGCUUUGGCCCUUAGAUGGUCUGUGCGGGCCCCCUGGGUGGCUGA